UCGGCGGGAGGCGGCGGCUGCAGCCUGGGAUCCCCCAGGGACUCCCCCGGAGCCGCCGCUUCCCCCAUGGACUUGCCGGGGGACUCCAGCCCGCCUAGCCAGCCACGUCUGUGCCGCCAGCCCCUGACUCGAGCAUUAUGGGGAGCCAGAAACCCAAAACGGCCGAGGUUGCAGCUCCCUGUGGCCCCUUCACCCUUGGAAAAGGCCUCUCGGCGGGUCCUGGCCGUGGUACUGGAAGAUGUCAUGGCUGCCCAUAUGGUUCCCCUGGUUCCCCAAGAGGAGACCUCCACCCCACCACACCGCAGCAACCGUUGGGAUUCUAUCCACAACCAGCCGCCUGCCUCACCACCCCAACAGGCCAUGUGGUCAUCGCAGGCCAGGCCUCCCUGCCCACUGCACUUAUGCCGAGAGCCCUUGAGCCGCAUCCACCGGCCUUCUUCCACCCUGAGGCGACGAUCAAGGACAUCCCCUGGCCCACAGGAAGGUCCUUCACAAGAGGUGGACCGGGCACCCCAGCCCACUCUGGUGGUGAUGCUAGAAGACAUUGUCAGUCCCAGACCCCCACCUGAGGACUUGGCUGACGAGACUCCCAACUUGAUCAUCCCAGCGAGAAGAGCUGAGUCCAUGAUGAUGAUUCACCAGACAAUGCCUCCACCCAGGGACCCGGAACCCCCAUUCCAGCCAUCUGCCCUGCCUGCAGACCCUCUGGGGAACCCAUCACCAGCCUCAGAUUCUACUCUGGAACCCCCAUCAACCCCACCACCUUCCAGCCUUUUACGCCCUCGCCUCAGUCCCUGGGGCUUGGCCCCCCUCUUCCGUUCCGUCCGCUCCAAGCUGGAGAGCUUUGCUGACAUCUUCCUCACACCCAUCAAAGUCCCACAGCCCCCGCCCCCAUCACCCCCAAUGAAGUUGGAAUUGAAGAUUGCCAUCUCAGAGGCUGAGCAGUCCACAGCUGCUGAGGGUACUGCAUUUGUCAGUCCCCGCCCCCCUAUCCGCCAGUGGCGAGCCCAAGACCACAGUCCCCCAGCACCUCUCCCUAAACCAUCUCUGGGCCGAAGCCACUCCUGCCCUGACCUGGGGCCUCCUGGGGCAGAUACCUGCAGCUGGCCCCCUGCUCCAUGCCACCCAAGCCGGCCACGGCCUCGACGGCACACUGUGGGUGGUGGAGAGAUGGCUGGAGCCCCACCACCCCCUCGACCCUGUCUCCGGAAAGAGGUCUUCCCUCUUGGAGGAGUGGGAGGCUCUCCUCCCCUCGUUACAUCUUGUUCGUCCACCACAUCCACUUCCUCCUUUUCUGAACCUGCAGAACCCAGGUUGGGCUCAACUAAGAGGAAGGAGCCACGGGCCUCAGAGGACCAAGUGCUUUCAGACCCUGAGACCAAGACCAUGGGAAAGGUUUCUCGAUUUAGAAUACGCAGGACACUGGCCCGUCCUCAACUAAACCUUACACCAAUGGGGCUACCUCGACCGAUCAGGUUGAACAAGAAGGAGUUCAGCUUAGAAGAAAUUUACACCAACAAGAAUUAUCAGUCGCCUACAACCAGGAGGACAUUUGAGACCAUCUUUGAGGAACCCCGGGAGCGCAAUGGGACUCUGAUUUUGACCAGCUCGAGGAAACUGCGGCGGGCUGUGGAAUUUCGGGACAGCAGCCUUCCUCGAUCCCGGAGGCCAUCUCGUGGAGUCCGGGCUGCAACUGGCAGGACCCUUACUCCCAACCUGGCCCCCUGCCCAGAUGUGGGACCCCUGCUUCAGCAGCGGCUGGAGGAGCUGGAUGCCUUGUUCCUGGAAGAGGAGGAAGUGGAUUAAGGAGCAGCCCCAUCAGACCUAGGGGCUCCAUUUGUUUAUCUGUACAUCCAUCCUGGAGGGAAGGAAAGCCUCUG